CCAGACUUGACGCUUCUUCACGAGCACUUGAUCAUCUAAAUUAAUGCCAUCUAAUCUCUCAAUCUCCAGAUCGGAUCCGACCCAUUUGCCCCACAACAUCAAGACGCGAAAAAGAAAAGUAGGGUCCUGUCACUGUAAGCGGCGGGGGACCGGCACCGCUACGACACCACGAGCACCACCACGAAUAUGAUGAUGAUGAUGAUGGCGUUGCUGCGAAGCGGCUCUUCCAAAAUCCUCCCAAGAUAUCAACCUUCUAUUCUUCCUCGAUUCCUCCAUUCUCAUGCAACCAGCUUCGGAUUCAAGCAAGAUGAGAAAAGCAAAUUGGUCGUUAAUGUUUUCAGCACUGUCGCUUCAACUUACGAUCUCAUGAAUGACCUGAUCAGCACCAGCUUGCACAGGCUGUGGAAGGACAGGCAGAUUGGUUUCAUUGUUGCAUCCUUUUGCUGGAAUGAAGCAUCUUGAUGUGGCCGGAGGCAAAGGAGAUGUUGCCUUUCGUGUUCUUGAGCGUAUGAAUAGCGUUAGUAAUAAAGCCUUACAGGAAAGAUUAGCUGAUACAGAAGAAGUGACAAAAAUAUUCGUAUGUGACAUCAACCCAAACAUGUUGAAUGUUGGCAAAAAGCGUGCCAUUGAGAGAGUCUUUUCAGGGUUUGGUGAAGAUCGUUCUCUUCAUUGGGUAGAGGGAGAUGCUGAAGCUUUAAGUUUUGCUGAUGGGUCAAUGGAUGGCUAUACUAUUGCAUUCAGGAUAAGAAAUGUAACACACAUUGAGAAAGCACUCUCAGAAGCUUACAGGGUGCUGAAACGAGGAGGAAGGUUUCUUUGCCUAGAGCUGAGCCAUGUGGAACUUCCUGUCUUCAAACAAAUUUACGACUACUACUCAUUUUCAAUCAUUCCAGCUAUGGGAGAGUUAGUGGCUGGUGACAGAGCUUCUUAUCAAUACCUAGUUGAGAGUAUUCGCCGGUUCCCUAACCAGCCUUUUUUGGCAACCCUGCUGGUAAUCAGUGGUGACAUUUUCAGUGCUGAACAAGAUGUGCAGACUGAUGAUGCUGGUUGGAGCCACAAGAGAAAGGAUCUUCUCUGGAAUAUUGCAGAACAUUCAGGAAGUGCAAGUAAGAAGAGUGAGAUCAACAAUGAUGCUGAUUUUAUGUUUCAAAGGUCAGAGUUUGGGCAGGAGCCAUUGGUGGGGACGGUCCAGAUGUAUGGGAGACAUGUCUUUCUGUGUCACAAGUGCCCUGAUUUGUGGCCAUCUCAUAUUGAAACCACUGAAUGUAGCCAACUGCCAGGACUUCUCUCGGUAGCCCUGAAGGCACGGAAAGAAGAUCUGAAGAGGCGCACUUGUCUGACCAUAUAUCAAGGAGAAGAUGAUAUGGACUCAAUGGAUGGAGAUGUCAUGAUCUUUCCGGACAUGAUCAAAUAUAAGGGGCUGACACAAGGUGAUGUUGAUAAUUUUGUUGAUGAAGUGCUUGUGAAAGAAAGUGGGUGGUCCUUUGGGGAAGUUGAGACAUUGUCAGGGUCAUAUGUAUUUGUGUGCGCUCAUGGAAGUCGAGAUCGAAGGUGUGGUCUCUGUGGACCAGUCCUGGUUAGAAAAUUUAGAGAAGAAAUAAAAUCAGGUGACCUUCAUGAUCAAGUGUCUGUUCACCCCUGCUCUCACAUAGGUGGUCAUAAGUUUGCAGGUAAUGUCAUUAUUUUUAGUAAGAAGGAUGAUAAAGUCACUGGCGAUUGGUAUGGAUAUGUUUCUCCUGAUGACGUGCCUACCAUACUUGAGCAGCAUAUUGGCAAGGGCAGAAUUGUAGAUCGUCUUUGGAGGGGAAGUAUGGGCUUAUCAAAGGAGGAACAGAAGAAGGCCCAAUUGCUUCGACUUCAGGGGAGCAAUACAGUUGGGGACAAAGUGUGAAAGAAUAAAUGCUUCCACUAGCUACUGGCACUGAUGUUAUACACAAAUAAAAUGCGGUGAUUGAUUGUUGUUGUUAUGGGAUUGAAAAUUCUACAUCUUGUCUUGAUAUUUGACUGGCAGAAACACUGGGUAACAAUCAAUUGGAGUAAACUCUAAAAGGGAUUUCAAGUUCUGGAAAGCAAAAAAGAGAAGAAUUUAAGGAAUUUGUACUUGAGAAUUUGUUCUUGCUGUUUAUGCGAUUACCAAGUGGUUUGCGUGGGUAGCCAAGGUGCAUUUAUGCUGUGAUUCAGUGAACCUUCACACAAUGUUCUGAGAAUCUUCUUUAUUCUCACUUUUGUAUUAUGGAACAUAAAAGGCAUACAUGUCAUAUAAUGUCAUGCAAUGGCGUGUGAUCUGUAUGGUAAUUAUCAUCAAUAAUGGUUUCUGAUGACUAAUUGUUAUUGUUGAUACAUUGAUGCAGGAAUUAACAUCUCUGUGGCAUAAAUAUUUUACACUUGCUUGUGCUUA